GGCGGGGGAGCGAAAACCUAGCUUCUGCGUGCCGAAACUGUCUACGCCUUAUCUCUUUGCCUAGCCCACUAGGCACCCGCGUCGGUGACGGUUUGCGGCCUUUAUCAGCUCGGUCUGUGUGAUAGCUAUCAGCCACUCGAAGCUCCAGCGUAUGGUAUAAAUGGGCCUGAGGGAACGGGGCUUUGGACGUACGCGGCAGGGAUUGCGCACGUGUGUAGGGAUGAAAUGUUUGGGUUUACUAUAAAUCAUGCAAAUGGUAUUCAAACGUUGUGCUCCAUGAGGUGCUAUGGUCUGUCUGUCUCGUUGAGGCGCUUGGCGGUAGCGGUUCUACCAAACGGUUACGGUUUCGGAACCGAACUGCCUCUAGUUUGCUGACAUAUCGUCUUUUUUGUUUUUGCCUCGGGGUUGGGUUGGGGCCCAUGGAUUACAAUUUUGCGCGCACACAUAAAAAGGAGAAACCAUUCCCGGGCAUCAGUUUUUCACCUUUCCCUCGCUCAACUCCAUCCCAUCGUCGAUGGAUGGUACGAUGCGGGUGUACAAUGCGACCCUGUGGAUACGCCUCGAGCUGAAAAUGAAGACAAAGACGAAGACCGGCAAGGGUAACACGAUCGCGAACCCGGAAAACCAUUGGAACAUCCACGGUGGCAACAAGGUGCUGAUCCUCUGGGUGUUUCGCAUCAUCAACAGCUCGAAGCCAACGGAAACGAUGAGCAAGGAGGAGGAGUUCUCGAAGCACACGGAGAUGAUAGCGAAGCACACGAUCCCGCUGGAGUCUGGGCUGGGCUGGCAGCAAAUCGAUUUGACGAGCGCGGUCCGCCAGUGGCACGGCGAGAAGCGCAACGAUAGCCUGAAACUGUUCGUCGACUGUUCCGGUUGCGGUAACCGGAUCCGCUUUCACAUCUUCGAGCACGCCACCAACCAUCCGCAUCUGCAUCCGUACGGGCGGAUCGAGCGGCUGAAUGGUAGCAGCCGGAAGAAGGCACUACUGGUAAAGGAGGGCAUUGGUGGUGUGGCCGGCAGUAGCGGCAGCGGCGGUAGUUCGAUGGUGCGGCUCAAGUACCGCAAAAGCCAAGAGCGGAAGGCGGCAUACGGGGAGGGUACCGAGGAUGACUACAAUCGGCCGCACCUGUUCGUCAGCCUCGCCACGUCGCAGGUGCGCCGGUUGCGGCGCCGCGCCCUCGACUGCACCGGUGCACCGAACGAGCAGUGCUGCAAGCAGAAGUUCUACGUCGACUUCAAGGCGCUCAAGUGGGACGACUGGAUCAUACGGCCGCACGGUUACUACGCCAACUACUGCAAGGGCAGCUGCCACCUGGCGGACAAGUUUUCGUCGGAGUAUCACUACGUGAUCGAUCAGUACCGGCGACAGGGAAAUGGCGGCAGCGGUGGAUCGGGCGGUUCCGGUCCGGGCGGUGGCAGCACCAGUGAUUCAGGGCCUGGUGGCAAGGGCGGUACUGGCGGUAGCGGUGGCUCUGGUGGUGGCCGCGCUAGUGCUGGAAGUGGUGGCGGUUUGGCGGGGAUCCAUCAGUGCUGCGCACCAGUCAAGUACUCGCCGAUGUCGCUCAUUUUCUACGGUCCGGAUGGGCGCAUCAUCAAGCAGGAUCUCGCUAAAAUGAUCGUCGAAGAGUGUGGUUGCCCGUAAGGGCGUAAGGGCCUUCGGAGCGGUUUGCCAAUCCCAUGCGAAUGCUAAACCCAUAGCGUUUGCCAUAAGAGCUUGCUUAAAAGGAAACAAACCCCCCCGCAAACCCAUUUCUGCUUCUAAACGCGUUCUUAGGCGCUUUUCUAACUUUCCAAUAAAAGAAUUUCCCGACCCAAUACGUUAACCUCGCGUGGUG